AUCUGUAUCGGAACUUAAUUUCAUCUAAAAUAUAAUGGAAAAUUGCGCUUUCUGCCGAGGAUCAGCAACGUUACAGUGUCAGAGAUGUCGAGAAUUCUAUUGUUCAGCAGAGUGCCAAACUGCUGAUUGGCAAAAUCAUAAAUUUUUUUGUGUAGCAAUGCCGGCUUUGAUCAAAACCAGCAAGUCAUACAUGAAAAAAUCCUUGAUGGAUAUCUCUAGCAUCGAAGUAGAAUCACAAAAACGAUUAUCGCGACAAAAUGUUAAUUUAAAUAUAACGCAAAUGCGAUUACCUUAUGGUAAUCAAAAAUUUUCAACUGAAGCUUCGAAGACUGAGUUAAAUUCUGAAGUUGUUGCUAGUCAGAAUCAACAAAAUAUGGAAAAAUGUGGUAUUUAUUCAAAUAAACAACAAGUCAAGGAUAACGUAGAUAAAAAUGCAAAAGAAACGAGCAUUGCAUUAAGUUCACUGAAAUCAAUAGAAAUCCAAAGAGAAAAUACAGAAGAAACAAUUUUUGACGAAAAAUCGUCCUAUUCAAGCAUUGCCACAAAUGGUUUGUUACAUCGUUCUAAAAAAAUUUGGAAAACAUUAAGAUCAUAUCCAAAUGGUUAUUUCAAUGCCAUAGUGCAAUAUGCAGAUCAUAAAAAUAAUGUGGUAUGGGUGUCAGAUGAGGAUUGGAAUAAAGAUGCUAUGAAACUUCUUUCUGAAACGAAUCAUAAUGUUAAUUUUCUCGAAAAUGUUUCUAAGGAUGAUGUAUGCUAUGAAUCAUUAGUAAUUGCGCCAUUUGAAGAUUUAUAUUACCGGGCAAUAGUUAUUGUAGAAAUAAAUCCAUUUGACGAAAUUAAAGUUCGAUUAUUGGAUUAUGGUAACGAGUUUUUUGUCCAAUACAAAAAGUGUAAAAAACCUAACGCUAUAGUAAAAAAUUUCCCAGCAAUGGCUUUUGCCAUUAAGUACCCAAAAAAAGUAAAAAUUGGAGAAUCGAUCAAAAUUAAAGUUUCAAAGAAUUUGAGCAAUAAUCUUUUUUCGGUUGAAGAAAUGUGCAUUGAAAAAAUGGAAAUUGCAAAUUACGAAAACACAAAAUCUUGUGAUGUGAGAAAAUUGGCAAAGUCAUUUGAUAUAACCAAGACAAGUGUUUUAUCAACCUUAAAAGAUGAAUUUGUUAUGAAAGCUUUUCAUAGACUUAAUAUAAACAGCAACAAAGCUUUUGGUAUUAUCACACAAGACGAGGAAAAUGUGAAAAAUUUGUUGGGCUUAAGUAAAAUUUUGAAUGAUGACAGUAAAUCAAAUUAUUACAGUAUUUUGGAAACUAGUGUUGCAGAAGGUUCAUAUAUAGCAGCAGAGUUUGAGCCGAAGAACUGGCGAAGAGGAUUAGUCGUUGGUAAUCAUAACCAGGACUACCUUGUUCUUUUUAUCGACGAUGGUGAACUUAAAAUUGUUCAAAAUAUUAAGAGGUUACCUGAAGAUUUCAGAGUAAUUCCUAGUUCAACUGUUUGCAUAGAUUUCAGCAAAAUUAAAAACAAAAAAGAUAUUUUGCUUUAUGCAGAGGAGUCAAUUACUCUAAUUUGUAAGCUUCAGGGAGGUUCAUCUAACUGUGAAAUACUAGAAUGUUCUAUAUUUGCUGAAAAUUCAGAGCUAGGUAUAGUAUCUUUAACGAAUUUUGACGGAAAUUACAAGAACUUUAUGGGAUUUGAUACUUAUACUUAUCCGUUCAGGUCUGGUAAUACAGUUUACAUCAGUAGAAUAAUAGAUUACUCAACAUUAACUUUAAGCUUAGAAGUACUAAUUUCAUAUUAUGAAAACAUUUUCAAUGAAAUUGGUGAAUCUAUCGAAGCCCCACAAUCGAAAGUAAAAUAUAAUAUUGGGGAUACAAUUUUAUUCAAACCUGAACAUGUAACGAAAUAUAUUCGUGGCAACAUCGUUUCAAUCAUUAAUGAUUCCAAAUACGAAGUUUUGCAUAGUGAAUCCGAAUGUUUAUAUCAAGUGAGCUCACAUAAUAUAAGACAAGCGUCAGAUUUCGUGAAAUUUUGUCCACUUAUUACACGAAAAGUUUCCCUUUAUAUACUAAAUUUGAUGAAAACCGGACAUGAAUCAAAUAGAGCAAUUGAGACCCUAAAAAAACUUAACAAAGACAGACAAAUUCUUAUCUUUGAAUGGGAAAAGGAUUUAGUUGAAUUAUUUUUGGACCAUGAAAAGACAAAAUCUUUAAAUAAGAUGCUAAUAUCAGAAUUAUAUGAAAAAGUGGAUGAAAAGGAUGAUUUUAAUGAAAUAAAACCUGCACAAAACGAAACAUUGAAACCAGGAGUAAUAUCGACUUCAAACCCAGAAAAAAAAAAUUUACCAUUGAAUGAUUCUGGUAAAAACAAAAUAUAUAAAUUAAGCGACCUCAAAACUGUGUCUUUGAAAGCUGGUGAAAAUAUUCGAUUACUAAUAUUAGAUACAAGUGAUAUAAAAAGCGGAAUUUUUACUGCCGCAAUAGACGAUCUGGAAUAUUACAAAGAAUUAAAUGUCGUACAACAACCUAAAAUUGGAAAAUAUUGUCAUCGAGAUAAUAUUGAAAAAGAAUAUUACCCAAUACCCGGUGAAAUUUGUUUCACACUUUUUAAAGCAGAUAACAACUGGUAUCGUGCACUUUGUUUUAAAAUUGAAUCAAAUGAUGAGUUCAAUCUAAUGUUUUUGGAUUUUGGAAAUAUUCAACUUUCCAAUGCUAAACAAAUUCGUAAAAUGACUAAGGAAUUUUUGUUUCCUUGUUACGCUAAUACUUGUAUUCUCUUAGGUCUCCCACCAAAACUUUCCGAGAACUCCAUAAAAAAGUUACAUGAAGCUAUUCAUCCAGAUUCAAUAAUUACGGUAGAUAAAGUUGAAAAAGCGCAAGAUCAGGAAUAUUUGAUUACAAUUAAAGGAAUUGAGAACAUUUGAAUUUAAAAAUAACUUAAAGUUAUAACUUCUCUUUCAAUUUCAAUUAAUUAGUUUUUAUAAAUUUUAUAUGACAAAUAUGUGGUUUCUAAAUGGAAUUAAAAAUAUUAAAAUUUUCAUUAGCUACUGAA